AUGGACGUAUCAUCAUGGUCCGAGGGCAGGAACCACACGGCCAACAUUGAUGAGCCGGGUAUUGACCUGCCGCACCUCACGUUGCAGACUGUCAUCGGCAUCACUGUAGCCAUUGCAGGGAACGUGCUUAUCUCGCUUGCGCUUAAUUUACAAAAACUUGCACAUAUCCGACUCGAAAAGGCUCAAAAGCAGGCGAGGAUGGAACGUGAAUUACAUGUAUCGGGCGAUGCACUGCGUUCCAUAUCACCACACGAUCAGAGGCCUUCUGGCGAUCCUUCUGUUUGCUCUCAUGAGUCCGAGACACAGCCCCUGAUCCAGGGCUCUUCUGCCAGUUGUUCACGUGCACGUUAUGGCACUAGUGCCCCACCCGGGACUAGACGCGAUGAUUCGAGGAGCAGGAAGAGCACCUCUUCAGCACGUGGACGGAGGCCAGGCCAGCCUUCAAGGAAACCCAGCUUUGUAUCACGUUUUAUUCCAUUUCAUCUCGGUCAGCCUGAGCACGAUGGUGUUAAUGAAAAUGUAUCGCAUACCCAAGAAACGUUGGCGAUUCCAGUAGACGUGAUCCCGGCAGAGCGCAUAGUUGCACUGAACGGCAAUGGUAGGCGAGCGGCCCCCUCACCUGGGCUCUGGGAAGAAGAAGGUACGGAGAGUGACUAUUUACGUUCGAAGAUAUGGUGGUCUGGAUUCAUUUUAAUGAACAUUGGAGAAACGGGUAACUUCAUAUCAUAUGCAUUUGCACCGGCCUCUGUGGUUGCUCCUCUAGGCACUUUCGCACUCAUUGCUAACUGCUUUUUCGCUCCACUCAUUUUAAAAGAGCGUUUUCGCGUGCACGAUCUCGCUGGCAUCUUGUGCGCAAUGAUAGGAGCGAUCACUGUCGUUCUUUCUACGCCUUCGUCUGAUGAAGGUCCACCGCCCCUCACACCAGACGCCUUGAUUGCAGCUAUAUCACAGCGUUCGUUUGUAGUAUUUACUAUCAUAUACUUGGUAGGGGCUAUGGUACUAGCGGGGCUCAGUGAGAGUGGUUUCGGCAGGCGAAUUGUGGUUGUUGACGUCGGGCUUUGCGCAAUAUUUGGUGGAUUCACGGUUCUAGCAACUAAGGCUAUCUCCACGUUGCUGACGGAAGAAUGGGGCAAAAUAUUUGCGGAGUGGAUAACCUAUCCCGUCCUUGCGGUUCUAAUCAUCACAGGCAUUCUCCAAAUCUGGUUUUUGAACCGAGCGUUAAAGCGUUUUGACUCCAAAAUCGUCAUACCUACGCAAUUUGUGCUGUUUACGCUGUCUGCUGUUAUCGGAUCCGCUGUCCUUUACAAGGACUUUCAAAGGGCUACAUUCCACCAGAUGGUCACAUUUACGUAUGGCUGUGGUGCGACAUUUGUGGGGGUGUUCAUCAUAGCGUGGGCCAAUGGGAACAACCGCGAAGAAGUAGGACAGCCCACCAAUGAGGUUAGCAGGCAAACAGGCGACGCAGGCGAGCAAACUGCACCGAGUGGAAACGUGCGGGGUGUUCCUGUAGGCUCAUUGAAUGCACGAAGUCGCCCGGCCCUUGUAAUACCGAGAGCUGUGCGCGAGACCCCGGUGCUUAGGAAUAAACAAAGCACGGUAAGCCUGGCAGGCUAUUCUCCUGCACGAAAUUUGCUACUUGUUCAUACCCCGCCGAGGGAUCGAGCAGAUCAUAGGGAUCGGGACGUGGAAAGUACUAGUGGAAGCAUCGCUGGAAGCAAUCGAUGA